UCACGGGCAAUGACAAAGGGCAGCCAUGCGCAACCGAAAGACCCCAAAUCAAGAUGGCCGCGCCCGUGACAGACACUGGAGAGUUUGAAAGCUGGCUUUAUGGUCGACUAGAGUCGUUGGAAGUGGACUGUGAGGUGUAUGGGGCGUAUAUUUUAGGGGUCCUACAAGAAGAUGAGAGCGACGAGGAGAAAGAAGAGGCGCUUCAAGGAAUUUUAUCCGCAUUUCUGGCGGAGGACACUGUGGAAGAUGUCUGCAAACAGAUCAUCAUGCAGUGGACAGCAUGUUGCAGCCGAUCAGCAGCCAAAAGAGAUGCUGAUGAUGCUGAGGUCCAGGCUAUCGCCAGCAUGAUAGAAAAACAAGCUCAGAUUGUGGUGAAACAGAAGGAGGUGACCAAGGAGUCGAAGAAGAGGAAAGAAGCCCUCCUUGCUCAGUAUGCUAACGUAACAGAUGAAGAGGAUGAAGCUGAGGAAGAGGAGCAAACAAGUGGGAAUAACCUCCCAGGAAAUGAUAAAUCCCUGUUUAAGAACACCAACGUGGAGGAGGUGCUACACAGACGAAAACAAAUGCGGGAACAGGCUCGCGAAGACGCUCACAAGAAGAAGGAGAUGGACAAGAUGCAGCGGGAGAAGGACAAACUAGCCAAACAAGACAGAAAAGAAAAGGAGAAGAAGCGUACUCAGAAAAAUGAACGCAAAAGAUAAAACUAACAGAAAGGACACUCUGUGAAAAGGUUUUGUUACAUGACAAAAACUGGAAAAAAAAAAAAGAAGUCAUUGCCUCUUUAUAGCUAAACCUCACCGGCACUUUUCAGUAUUGUCUACAUGAUUUCAUCAAACCAUCCUUUUCAUUUACUUCUACAAUGUGUGAAGAAGAAUGUCCUGGGUUAUGUUCAAGUCCAGUCCUGAUCUUUAUUCCCAUUGUAUACUGAUAUGGAAAGAUGUUUAGAAAUAAAGCUGCAAAUCUUUAUAUGAUGAUGACUGCGAUUAGUCUUGUCAUUAACAAAAAGUGCGUGUAUGUUUAAGUUUUGAGGUACGUCUGAAAUAAUCAGUCACAUUAAAUGGAUUGAUCAUGGUAUUAAAAAAAAAAAA